AUGCAGCAGCAGCAGCCCGGUCAGAGGCAGCAGAGUGUCAGGAACUCCCGCAGCUCCGCUCCUUAUAUUCCCACUGACCGUCAGUUUCAGGGAUUCAUUCAGGGACUCAGGAGCUGCAGCGUCAGUCCAGACCGAGUCUCCGUCCAUCCACCCGCCUGUUCAUUCAGCUCUACAUCCAGCUGUCCGUGCGUCCGCAUCUGGGAAGGUCAGACGGAUCAUUUUUUAUUUAGCGGACCUGGCAACUUCAUCCAAUUUCCUCUCUUCCUGAUCAGCGCAGAUUCACUGGGAGAUUAUCACCACAUUCAGCGGCUGUUGGUGAGUUUCCCCACCGGUGUUUUCAUGUAAGGUGUACAUUCUCUUUUAGACAGCAGCACUGCAAUAUUGAGGAGUGGAAAUUAAACAUGUGGUCAGGCCAGGAGGAUUCAUAUUUUUCCAGUACAUGUACCUGUGCGGUUUUGCUGGAGCUGUAUUUUCAUGUGAUGUUUUGAAGUGUGGGACAUUUUUCACAUGGAAAUAAUCCUGUUUGUUGCAUUCUUGUUCAGUUGUUCUAUUUUUAACAGCAGUCUUAAAUUUAUAAUCAGUCAUUUGGGUUAUUACUUUUAAAAAAGUGCAGGUUAAAGUUGUAUUCAAAGUCUCCUUGAAUGUACAGUUUUAUUGCACUUUGGUGCAUCAUCUACGUCAUCCUCCUCCCGUAGGGCUCGUGGACGUAAUUGGCAUUCACGAGCUGCUCUGAGUGUUGCAUAAUAGUCCACAUCUCAGUGGGGUUUACAGGAUCAGUCAGCACGUCCUUCACUGGUGCUUGCCAAACCAGGGUCCAGGGAAAUCCCAGGGGUGCCUGAAGAAACUCUGGGGGUGAUAGCAGCUGAAAUGAGAACAGCUAUAUGAGUUUUAGAGAAGAAGCUUUAACAUCAUACAGAAAGAAAUUGGGGCUGCUAUUAGCUCAAAUUUAUAUAUGAUGAAAGUUAUUAAAUGUAUGGGUAACAAAUUAAAUAUGGCUUUAUAGCCUUACAGUAAAACAGGACCCAACAGGAAUGCAAUAAAAUACGCUUUAUGACCUCAACUUUGCAUUUUUUAUUCAAGUUAAUGCCGUGCUGCUUCACCGCUACCUCAGUGAAAACCAUGACUCAGUGGUAGUAGACAGCUUCACCGUGGCUAUUCUGUGAAAUAAGGGGACACACAUUAUUGCAGGAGUGUAAGCACAACAUGUCCAGUAAGAGCCAACUCUUUGGUUUCUUUCUGAUGUCCAGCGAUUCCCUGUUGAUGGGACAGCUUUUGCACUUUUCAGGAGUUCCAGGUUGGUUGCUUUCUCGAUUUCAUACAGAGACACGACAUGCCAACCUGAGGACGUCUGUAAGACCUGUGACUUCCACAAUGUUGAGUUGACACCCAUUUAGAAAGCACUGUCGUUCACUUCUUUAAUUUUAGUUUCAUCUACAAGUCACACACUCAAAAGUAGCGCCUGUAUGCUGAGCUCAUGGAUGGCAGCUCCAACUCUAACUUAUUUCUUAAUAUUUUAAUUCUGUUUAAUAGUUGACAAUGAGAAUUAUGAUGUGUCAGUGUUGGACAUUAAAGGUACAGUGUGUAGCGUUAUCCAUAGUGAUGGGAAGAACAGUUCUUUUGACUAUAAUAGAUCUUUUGAAUCCAUUCAUUAAAACGAUUCGUUCAAAAGAUUCGUUCACUAAAUCAGUCAGUACUUCGGAGCCUCAUUGAACAAGCCCCUCCCCUCCCCUGCUGCUGAAGUCACAGCGUCGUUCACUGGGUGACACAUGUCGUUCAUUUGCCAAGUUGUGAAGGAAGAAUCACUUCCCUGCCCUGAAAAACUCACCUCUCUGUGUGUCGCUGUUGGCGGAAACAACACAGCAGCAAGCAGCACGCCCACUAAACGAGUGCAAGUCGUCAUUCUUUUAUAUCAUGGAAAAGUGGAGAGUUUAGAAAUAAAUAAACAUCGCAGCUGUAGUAGGGAUUUUGAUACUUUUAAAGAUAUCAAAUGGCGUAUUGCUUUAAAUUGGCUGAAAUUAAAUCCUUCUUGCAGGAAAGUUUACACAUGUGUAUUCAUGUAAAGGCACCAUAAUGCACUGUUCUAUCUUAGCCUCAGUGAACGAAUUGGUGCUCGGCAGUUCGUGAAUGACGCUACAUCUCUUCCUCCUCUGUCUGCAUCAAGUCAUUCGGAAGUCGUUCAUUUUGUUCACGGUCUGACUGUUACGUAUCGUUCAUUCGCUGUGAGCAAAUCACGAGACGCCGCCUGCCCUCCCGCUGUGUGUCGUUCGUCAAAGGAGGAAGUUCCACUUUCGAUCGGCACGCCAGGCUCGCGGCUGAGCUCAACUAAAUUGAGAAAGGAACGAAUCAGGUCUCGGGUGAUUCCAUUCACGUUGUUCACUCAGCAGUUCCAGUCUUUUGAAAGAAAUGUUCAUAAACGACACAACAGUAGUUAUCCAGAGGCCAGGUUCUUGCUCAGCUGAUGAAACAACGUCAAAACCCUUUUUGGUGACUUCUUAAAUUUAGUUCGUGACUCUUUCUGGAACAGUUUCUGUCAGGUGACUAAAAUAUACUUCCCUCUGUAUGAGUAGGAUGUUCAAACUUUUUUCCCCCUCUACUGGUUUCACUGGUUUCCCUCAAAGGCAGUGCACCAGUCCACUGUAUGUAUCUUGAUGACAGGCCUGUGGUUUGUAGUCUUUCUAUAGCCCUGUGGCGUAGCAGGUCUCCUCCCUCGGUUUGGAGCUCAGAGGUCUAUAAUCUCUGUGAACCACAGCACCACCACCCAGAUUCAUUUCUCAGGUUAAAAAUGACACAAAAAGCAGCUGGGCACACUGUGGGAAAAAUAGACAUGUGCCUAGUAUUACAGUUUGGAAGGAGUCCCUGUAGAGCAGAGAUUUAGGAGUGAAAAUAGCUGAAAUGUGGAUAUUACAGAGAGGGCGCAGGGUUCAUUAGACCAUCAAUCUCAUUUAUGUGUUUAUUUGAUCCAUUUUACAGCUUCUGGCUAAAAAAAAACUGGAGCUUUGUGAAAGUAAAAAAAGAGGAUGAAAUCAGAAGCAGGUUGUGCACCUUUUGCUUCAUGCCGUAGUUGGUUUUGACCUUUUUGCUUUGGUCUGGGGAGGCAGUUCAAGUACUGUACUCUUUGUGUGUUUUUCAUGACCAAAAAUGAAAUGCCAUUUGGAAAAGUUGGAAUUUGUUUUUUUCAGCAGUGUUGUCCUGAGGUCUGUCUUUUAACUGAAGCCAAGCAGAAUAUUUUCAUUGUUUUGACCAAUAAGAAAUUGAGAACUAGUGUUUUUUUUGGUGUGUAUCAGACUUAGUGUGUAAAAUUAGCUUUACUUUCUUUAACAGACAAGUGCUACAAGUGGUCUGAGACUGUUAUGCAUUUCACCAAGUACAAUACAAUGGGAGCUGGUGAUUAUGCAUCCUAGAAUAAUGACAGUGUGAGCAGGACCGAUGCAGAAGAUGAUUGUAUUGAUUACAAUGAAAUCCUGAAUCCUUCCAGUUUCAUGGUCACAAUGCUGUCACAGUAACAGCUCCCUAUUUGCAACACCAAUUUAACAUCAAACUGCCUGUUUUAACUCAUGGUCAAUAACAUCAAACUGAACAUUUCCAAUAAAGUGAACGUAAGACGAGGGUGAACAGGACUUCUGCAGGUACAUUUAUGUUGACAUAUCCGUCCUUAUUCUGCUCUCCAGUGUCAAAAGGCAGAGGUGAAGUGUGUGGGGGCUGCUCUCCACAGAUUGAUCCGGGGUGACAUGUUUGAUAAGUUUGACCCGGGCAUCACAUUUGAUGUUGAGAAUUACUGUAAUAACUGUUGCCAUGGGGCUGCGACCAAUCAGAACGGAGUUAAAUGUAUUCUCGGAGCUGCUCAGUAUUUCCAAAGGUGGAUAUAGUGAGUCUUACAGAUCAGUCUCCCCUGCACAAGUUUAUAAACUGAAGUUAGAAACUAGCAAAUUUGCAAAAGCAUCCAGCAGCAGUGAGACACUCCCCUUGGAGUUGGUUGAACUUGCCGCUUGAGUCAGCAGAGGAGAUCGAUAUCUGUUUGCUUGCUUAGGUGUUGCUACAAGACACAACACAUCCAGGUGUUUUCAUUUUUGACGGAGCUAAAGCCAAGAUUCUGUUCCUGAUUCCAGUCUUGGUGUCAUGCUUUGGUAAACAGGGUAUUGCAUGUCUAUGUGCAUGCAGUUGAGACAGCAGGGAUUGUGAUUAUCCAGACCAUGGAAAGGACUCUCCCUUUAUGCGUUGAACUGUUCACUGGUUGUUUUCUUACUCUCUAAAUCUCUGCAUGUUCAGAAACGUAUGCACAAGUGUAUGGACGGUGCUUUAUUGAUUUGUUGUCUGGUGUAUGUGCAACACUUUUUAGACCGUCAUCACACCGUUCUCAAGAGGAGGGUUUAAAUGUGUUGAUGUUAGCCGCUGCACACUGAGUGUCAUGGUGGUGGGUGGAGUGGGUGGAGGCCAUAAAUGGCAAAAUCCGAAGAGAAAUGACCACAUCAGUAGGGAGACACUGCUAAGCUCCUUUCUCCCUGGUGUUUCCCGUCUGUUGCGUGGGUGAGAGUUGGGCAGCUUUGCAGUGAUGUGGACCUGAAAUAUAAAAUCUGUGGUGAUAUACAGGAGCCAUACAAGCUGUUAAGACUGGCUGCUUCUACUCCAUUUAAACGAGUUUGAUUCAGCUGAAGUAAACGGGAAACACAUGCGUGUACACGACUGCUGCUGGAAUAACAGUUUGAUUAGGGUUCAUGAAUUUUAAUGUUAUUGCACACGCACUGGCAUUUAGCAGUUAGUCUGGUUCAUUUCUAAUCACAGGGGAGCGGCCAUUGGUAAUUAAAGUAUUUAAUGGAGUCUUGUACGAAGCAGAUUGGCUAAACCUUUCCAAGCUGCAGAUGCAGAAUGUGAAAAAAAGAAGUUUGUUAAGAAAUAAGAGAAAGCUGCAAAACAAAAAAGAUGCAGCCCCUCAUACUAGGGCUGAGAUAUGGCCUCCGUCUCCUCACCUGUCUUUCCCUCUUUGUUAUGGACUGGAUUGGGUGGAGUCAAAUUUCCAACGUAGGACAUGAGACCAUAGCCUACCUACACACAUCCAAAACUAACUUUUAUUUAUUUUUUGACACAGAAUAAACCGAUAUUGGCAAAAUUACCGGUCAUUGUCGUAAAUUUCAGUAUCUGUAAAUUUUCGGUUUAUCGCCCAGCCCUACCUCAUACUGAAUAUAUGAUGUAAUAUGACAAUAUAUUCAUUAUUAUUUUGAUUGAUGUUAUAUUUUUGGAAAUAUAUAUAUCGUUGCAUUAAGAAUGCACACAAAAUUACCUGCCAUUGCAGAUUGUAAUUACAGGGAACCAGAAUAAAGGGUGCGAUUAAUGUCAGGUUUUUAAUUAAUGGUAAUUCCAAAGACUAAACUACUAAAUUACGAGAGGCCUUCACUCUACAACAGCACACAGUGGUUAUCCGUAGAUGGAGAAAAAAAAACAGGUCUGAUAAGUACUCGAAACACCUCCAAACCAAACUGGCGAGAUGGAACAAAAUGUUCCUGUCGUCACUGUUUUCGCCAUUAUGACAUUACUUCAAUGUCAUGCACUGUUUUGACAGUCCUGUCUGAUUUGUGGCACUAAGUCCUCAUUAAUAAUAUUUAAAGACUCAAACAGCUUCCUCGCCGAGAGAGACACAGUGAUGGAUGGUCGACCUCCACAUGAGCCACACCAAGCGGCACGCAGUAACACCUUAUAUGGGCAUGUGUGUGUUGGUACAAAAGGGAAAAGGUUAGCUUAAACCCUGAAUGUGGUGUGUGUUCGUGCUGCUGUGGAUGAGGAGGGGAAAAGUUGGAAGUUUGCCACUUCAUAACUCCAACCAGUCUGAGGCUGGCGAACAUUUUUCUGGCACUGCCACACACAAACACAUUUCUCAGCUUCUUCCAUACAGGGUGUACUGAACGUCUGUUUUUAGUUUUCUCACAUUUUUCUUUCUAUAUUUCAUUUCGGCCUUUCACAGAAGGAUGAGUGGAGGAGUUUUCAUGUGCUGUUUGUUUUCAGUAACGACUACUGAUGAUAGAUUAUCCCUUCAAAUAGCUGAGAUAUUUCUGCCGUCUAUACAUUGGGUCUCACAGAUGCCAGGAAAGCACCCACAUUUUUGUUCCUGUUGAACCGACUUUAAAAGGUAUAGGAUUAAUUCAAAACAUGCCGGUUUUAGAAAGAAAUGUCACCAAUAGCCACUUUAGCUUCGUCCUAAUUCAUUACAUAACACUUUGGGCCUGUUUAAGUGUAACUAUUAAUUAUAUUACACCAAUUUAAGUCACUAUUAUCCCUAGACUCUAUUAAAAACAAGGUUUAGACGGCCUUUCUGUUCUAUUAUGUACAAAAAGCACAUAUUUAUUCACCUUGAGCAAUUCCCUUUUCAGCAUUUAGCAGCCAGCUCUUAACAGCUAGAAUUCCUGUACAGAACCAGACUCAUAAUAAAGUAGAAAAGCACUCGGAGAGCGCAGACCUCCGCCAAGCAGCUCAUGUCCCCCCCUUAAAAAAGAAAUGCCCUGAACAGGAUUUGAACCCAGGACCCUCUGGUUGUGAGGUGACAGUGCUAACCACUACACCACUGUGCCGCCCAUUGGUUAUCUUUCACCCUUAUUUUUGUGUGUUCUGGAUCACAGUAUCCAGAAUUUUGUCCGGAUCACCACCAAUAUGUAAUGGGAUCCUCCUGGGGCUGAGACGCACCUCUGGUGAAAAUUUCAGGUCAAUCCGUCUGUUACUUUCUCCGUAAAGUUGCUAACAGACAAAUAAACAAACCAACGCUACUGAAAACAUAACCUCCUUGGCGGAGGUAACAACCAUCUGCUGUGACUCACGAGUCAAGUCUACCUUUGCCAUCUACGGGGUCAUGGUCUGCCUCCUGGACUCUGAUGGAUAGAUAAUUCUGGGGGGCCUGAUACCUGAAGGCUCACCUCCAAUAGUUCUUUUGAGGGCAUUUGGAACAACAAAAAGGCAUAAUGCAUUCUGGGAACAUUAUGUUCAAUCACAGGAGUGCAGAGAGAUGGGAGUCAGUGUAACAUUGAACCACAUGACGUCCUCUUUUUUCCUUAGACUUAAUCUGAAAAGCUAAUAAUCAUUGAAUAACCAAUAAACAGUAACUGGAGAAGGAAAUCACUGACAUGAUGUAACCGAACAAGGAGGAAAAUACAGCGUCCAAGGUUGAAUCUUAGUCUGACAAUCAAGUGUCAACAUUAAAAAACAUUUAUAUAACUCAAGGACUGCUCUUACAUGUUUCCCCAGAAGCUGCUUCUUUCUGCUUAA